UAAGUUUCAAAGCUAUCUUUGUCUUUGAGCUCUCUUGUUAAAGGGAACACCUUUGCAAAGUUUCAAAUGAGACUUCCCAAAUUUUAACAAAAAGGAGUGUUUUGAGAUUCUUCCAGACCUGUAACCCAACACCUUGGAAUUUUGGAUUUGUCGAAAGAUUUUUAAUCGUUUGUAGUGACAGCUGAGUCCAUAUUAAAACCACCAAAGCAUGUGUGGUAUGCGUGAGGGUUUGAAUGUUUAAUUUUGUCUGGCUCGAAGCAUUUGAAAGCAAAGUUUCGUGGCGUUUUGACGUGGAUUUUUAAGUCGUAUUCCUAUCAAAAGGCAAGUUUUUGGAUCGAAGAAUAGAAGAGUUGAAUUGGUUACGUAAUUUUUACAAGGGAACAGUUGAAAUUUCAAGAUGAGCGCAAGCGUAUCUAAGGUAUGUGUGUACUUAGUCUUUGUGUUGUGGUGUGAUAUUUUAGAGUUGAAAAAAAUAUGAAGCUUCAAAUUUUGGUGUAUUGACUGUACUUCACAUAAAGUAACUGGGUUUAGGUCGAAGUUGGGGUUAGGUUAUAGUAUCUCUGGUAUUCUGUACUGCUAGUAAUGAAUUGAUUGAUUAGUUGUGUAGACUUAUUUGGUUACUUCUUAGUUUCACAAAAUAUCAGUUUAUAUUUAGGAAAUGUUCAUGUUUAAUAAUUGAAAUCAGAUUAGGGAUAAGUCAGCCAUAGUAGACUGCCAUGAUUGUGCUAUUCUCAGUAUAUUUCUCCUACCAUUUUGAUGAGUUGUGGAUAUUUGAACCGAUCAGGGUAUCACUAUCGUGAUAUGUUGUCAGACUCAGUAUAUCAUGAAUAUCAUAGUGUAGGCUUCGCUGUUUUGACCGUUGGUCGUUGUUAGUAAUUUUGGUUAACAUUAGGUAAAAUUUCAGAUUGGUUCUCGACGUAUUUUGCUGCCAGAAACGAUUUGCCGGAUCAUUUAACAUUCAUAACACGAAUAUUGAUUUGGUUACACGUAAUAUUUAUGCUGAUUUUAACAAAUUAUCAUCGUUGAGGUUUUGCUGUCUUGACCAUGUCGUAUAGUGAUAGGGUUUAGGUUAGAGUUAGGUAAGGUUUAUGGUAGCUGUAGUUUCAUGUUGUAGCGAUUGUAUAGCGUUCUGAUAGAUCAUUAUACACUGAUUUGGUCUUUGCAUCGAGGUUUAUAGCGUAAUAUGUACACACAAAAUAUGACUGUUGAGAAUUCAUGUUUAGACUAUUUUGUUUCCUAUUUGGUAUAUAAGUGUGUACAAGGUUCUAGCCUAUAAUUGGCUGUGGGUUUACAUGCAAAUAUACUCAGAGCAUUCAUAACUCAUCGUUCACAUGUAUCUGAAAAAUACCAGCAGAAAUCACAUAAAAAAUAGCCCGUGUAGGCGUGUAAAGAGCCUUAAACAGACUUCGAGGUGUCUUUAUAUGGCUGUUAUAACCUAUAUCGAGUGUGUAAUAGGUGCAUGUAUGGCUACUCUUACUAAUUUUGUUCUCUCAAGGAGAGACUGAAGAGUAGAGCGUUGUAAUGUCGUGCGUAUAUAUGGACUAUGCUUGACUCCCUGUCGUGUGUCACAGGGCAUUAUCAUAACCUUAGACUUAGUAUAGAUUUCCACUGCGAGUAAGAUUAAUCUCGAACAGGAAAGAAUUAUUUGGUAUGGUUAAAAACCACAGAUUAAGAUUAAUCUCGAACGAUGCUGUAUUGGUACCUUAUGUCUAAUGUCAAAAUGUUUUUCUUUUAAAUGGGAAAGCCACGAACAGGAAAGAGUUUAUAGCAUACAUACUUAAGAUCAAUAUUUCUCAACCGUAUACUUGACUUCGUUGAUAGUUUUGGCAGUGUUCAAUUCUACAUGAUGCCCAGCGUGUUGUGUUGUAUACGAGAGAGUCUGUGUAGUGUCAGGUUUAUAGGAAUUUAGAAAUCUUGUUUAAUUCUACAACUUUUCUGUAUUACUCAAAGUUUUGUAACUACUGUUUAAUUCAAGUGGACAAAGUAUCAUGUUUCCUGAACAGGAAUAUAAUUUUGGUCCCUUGCACCAAAAUCACAAGGCUAGAGCUGAAUGUCGAAAUCUCGUUAUUGACAUUACAAGGCAUGCCAUAGCUCAAAAUUCACAUUUAGUCGCUCUAAUUAAACACAGUAGGAAGCCCCAAACAAGUUGAGUGUUUCUUUGACAAGGUUUCUUUGCUCAUGUAUGAUGUAUAUACAACACACGUUUAUAUAAUAUCCUUAAACGUGAUUCUCAUGUAGUACAGCCAUAGGAUAGGUUUUAGUAGAAUCAUUACAGACAGCAGAUGGCAAUUUCAGAAAUGUUGACAUUUAAUAAAAGGAGCAAAAGAAUUAAACUUCAUCAUCGUGUAAACUAGACCGCCUACUGUUCGAUAAAAACAAAUACUUAAACAGUACUGUAUGUUUUGCACUUCGCAAUGUUUCCUUAACCACGCUGAUGCCAUGAAUUUAAUAAAGCCUCGGUCAAUGAGGAUGAGAGUUCGCAUGACGAAUUGUUAGGGGCGACAUUUUGUGUUUACACUGAGACAGAUGAUCUCUCGGACGAAUGAUAUGUCUUGAAGGGUUUUUUUAGUAUAAAUCUACCAAUAAUCCCAGCCAGGAGCUGACAGGUUAUAGUAGAAUCGUGCCCAUAUUCAUGGAACAGCAUGUUUAAGAUAUCAGCAAGCAAAUUGUUUUACAAAAUCGCACAUUUCAUGUAAUCUAGUGAUUCUACAGAAAUAAACGAAAUCUGACUGACCUUUUCAAAAAGAAGAUUAAUCCCACAUUUCCACUUUAUCGCUCGAUCGUCGAAUAUGCUUUCUUCUGAGCUUUAUAUCUCUAUAUCCUCAAGAACCAGGAAUUUAAGUUAGUUUAAACACGAACUGAAUAAGCUGGCUUCUUCUGGCUCCAGAAAUUCAUUAUCCUAUAAUAUAAAAGAAUAAUAAUUAUUUCUUAGGUCCCAAGAGAAAUAUUUUGAAUAGUAUGAUUAAAAUAUUUAGAUCUACUGUACGUGUAGCAGAUAAAUCACCAUAAACAUUAAACCAUACAAUACAGUAUAAAUAAAGUUAGUCUAGUUUAGGUUUCCUCCUGUAGUAAUACUGGAUUAAUAAUAAGAGAUGAUCCUUACUGGACCUCUAGGAAGAACAGUUUAGAACUGACAGAACUAUCCAGUAUAAAUAAAGUUAGUUUAGUUUAGUUUAAAGAACACCACAGUUUUAACUUACUGGGGGAAUCAGUCAAAUAUGAAGUGAUAUAAGAAUUCUACAAGACGAUCUUUAAAACAAGUCAUUGAAAUAACUGUUUCUGAAAACAAUAAAUGAGUUUUUCCUCCUAACACAUUUCUCCAUAUUUUACAGUCGAGAUCGCCCGUGGAGCGCUCGUAUUCGUCCGCCUCAUCAACGACAAGCAGUCGGCGUUCCGGGCGACGAAAACGAAAACGAAUGAAGCACACUGUAAUGCCGUUGAAAAAACGAACAGGCCGACACGAAGUGCCUUGUGACGUGCAUCGAGUCUCGAACUUAGAUCACGAAGAGAUGGAGCAAAGUGCUUGCUUUUGGGUGGCGAAAAAUAUUGAUAAUCCUUCAGAGCGCAGUUUCAAGGAGGACGUUUUCGUCAACAAAGAUCAAGACUCUUCAGACGAUGAGAUGUCGUAUUUGGAAGAAAGCAGGCAGUCACAAACCUCCGGUGAAUUUUCGCACGAAGUGCGCACCGAAACGCACACUGACGCAAAGUAUAUUAGUGAAGAAAAGAGAUUUGACGAUGAGAAAGAAAAUAACGCGAAAAAUGCUAAUGAGGAUGGAGAAAGAGAUGACGCAAAUUAUUCUGAAGAGAAAACGUUUUACGGAGUGCGCAAAGGAAAAAUGCAAGAUGGGGAUGAUGUAAAACGCGUCUCCCCGAUUCCGUUGCCACGCAAUCGAUCACGAGUUAGUUCAUUCUCGGACGACGGUCACAGCGGGUUCAGUAGCGAGGGGAUGCAUGUCGGGUGGACCUCGGAUGUAGGCGUGUCAUCUGGGCCUGAAUAUUCAGCUAUGACUGAUGAGGACAGUGGUGGUGAAGGGGGACACAAGAAGACAAGAAGGGGUAGCAAGGAAUUUGAUGGAUAUCGAAAGAAAAGUGUGGAAAAAUCAGGUAAUUGUUGAAGGUUUUUGUAGAUGGGAGUUUCAAGUGUAAAUUUUAUACAUUUAUUAGACC